CAGUGGAAGGGGUGGGGUUGGGAGAGGGCAGUCCCGGGUCAAUUGGGUAAUAGUCAGAUUGGUGAAUUGCAUGCAGGUGACAUCACUGCCAGGUGUUCCCACCUUCUCUUUUUGUCUGUCUGUCUGUCAGAUUUCCGACUUGAAAGGCAUGUACCAGUGAUCUCUGGCCGACCUUUGACUUUUCCCCUAUUGGAGCGGUCCUAACCCCCUGCUGCUUCAUCGUCGACACGCUCUGGAAAAACCUCGGGGAAAUGUCAGACAAGGAGGCGGAGCAGGAGCCCCAAGGGGCUGGGCUGCGCAACAUUAGCCCCGCUGCCCUUGGAGGCCUAGGCAAGACUCGCUGUCCAAUGUGCAUGGAGCUCUUUAAAGUCCCCAGGAUCUUGCCAUGCUUGCACACGUUUUGCACGGCCUGCCUAGAACAGUUGGAGCCCUUCUCCGUACUGAUAUUGAGAUCCCCACACUCAGAAACGACCUCGGAGGGCGCGUGGCUCUGGGAUAAGCAGCCCCAGCAGCUGGAGCCCCAGCUUAGCAUCCUCUGCCCAGUCUGUGAUACGGAGGUCCAUCUGCCUCCCGGAGGAGUGAAGGCCCUAACCGUGGACCACCUGGCCAUAAAUGAGGUGCUGCUACAAAACCUGCAAGAGGACACCCCAGGCGUGGUGUGUGAUCUGUGCAGUGACAGGGAAGUCGAUAGUCGAUGUCUCACCUGCAAGGUGAAUCUCUGCCAGUUCUGCAGCCAGGCUCAUAGGCGGCAAAAAAAAACUGCUUCCCACUCAGUGGUGCCCAUGAAGGACCUGAAAGGCUACAGCCAGAUCGGGAGGCCAAUUCUGUGUUCUGCCCACCCUGCUGAAGAGCUGAACCUGUUCUGUGAGCAGUGUGAUCAGCCAGUGUGCCGGGACUGUGUGCUGGGUGCCCAUCGGGAGCAUGCCUAUGAAUUGAUCAGCAACGUUAUCCACAAGCAUGGGAAUUCCAUGCGGGAGCUCCUCCAUAGCACCCAGCCCCACGUGGGCACCUUGGAGAGAGCCCUGGCCCAGAUCGAAGGCAUAGGCCAUGCCCUCCGGAGCCGCAUGGAUGCCCUCUCCGCUGACGUCCGGGAGUUUUGUGAUGGAUACAUCACCGCUAUCAGAGAACACCGGGAUCAGCUGCUGAAGCAACUGGAAGACCUCCGGAUCCAGAAGGAGAACUCCCUGCACCUCCAGAAGCUCCAGGUGGAGCAGCUGCUGGCGGACCUGCGGACUGGGGUCGAGUUCACGGAACACUUGCUGAGUAAUGGCUCCGACGUGGAGAUCCUCGUCACCAAGGGGGUCGUGAUGAGCCGGCUGAAGAAGCUCCAGAAGACGGACUACAGCAUUGGCCCCGGGGUGGACGAUGGCAUCUGCUUCUCCCCUCAGGAGAAGGCUGGCCAGUAUGGUGGCUACGAAGUGUUUGGGGCCAUUCUCACCAAAGGGGUUGAUCCUGCCAAGUGCAUUCUCCAAGGGGAAGACCUCCAUAAAGCUUGGGAGAAGCAGAAAGUCACCUUCACCCUGCUCUGCAGAGAUAUUUUGGGGGAGCACAUGGGCAGAGGAGGAGAGCACGUCCGAGUGAGCGUCAUUCACAGAAAUAAGAAGGACUGUGUUCUUAAGACGAUGGUUCAGGACAACAACAAUGGGACUUACGCUAUUUCCUUUAUCCCUGAGGAAUCCGGCCCCUACACUGUGUGCGUCUGUGUCAGAGGGCAGCACGUCCAGGGCUCACCGUACACAAUGACUGUGAGGAGAAAGCUCCGCCAGCAUCAGGGUGUUUUUCAUUGCUGCUCCUUCUGUUCCAGUGGGGGCCAGAAGAGCGCCCGCUGUGCCUGUGGAGGAACCAUGGCAGCAGGUGGGUACCAAGGUUGUGGACAUGGACACAAAGGUCACCCAGGCCGUCGUCAUUGGUCAUGCUGUGGGGGGACAGAGGAGAAGUCAGACUGCUCACGGAACGUGGAAAAGGGGUGUUCCCAGAGGAGUCUGGUCAGGACGGUGGCACUCUGAGCUUUCUGAUGAUGAAAAGGCCGAGUUUGCAUGUCAGUUACCAGGAAGCCCUAGGCCUUGUGGAAGAGCUGCCAGUUAAUUCUGAAGAAACCACUAAAAUAAAUGUGCCUUAUCUUACCAUCUAGGUCAGUUUGCAUUGUGUUAUUGAGAUUCCAAGUGAAAUUUAGGGUUAGGUGGUCUUUGUAUCACUGUCACAGAUUGUCUCACAAAGUGUCCCUGAUUACAAGGAAAAGGCAACAUCAAUUCAUGGCUUGAAUGUUACUGCCUAAAAGUCAAGGUAUGUUUCUUGCUGAUGGUGGAUCACAAGCGUUCUCU